UCUCUCUCUCUCUCUCUCUAAGCAUACCCCAGUUCCCUAUAACUACACCUACCCAACAAAACCCAACUCUUCUUAUUCUCAAACACUUGCUGUUCAUUACCAGAGAAAAAAAAAUGCUUCCUUUCCUGAGCUGGUCUGAUCAAAAUCACUACGCACACGACCCGUCGCUGGUCAACCUGAUGGACGGGGCAGAUUCCAUCCUGAGCCCAGCAGCCUCCAUGACCGAGACCUCCAGGUCAGCAGAAGCAUCCAAGAGCCACAAGGAAGCCGAGAGGAGACGCAGGCAGCGUAUCAACGCCCACCUCUCCACCCUCCGCACUCUCCUCCCCAACACCACGCGGACGGACAAGGCGUCGUUGCUAGCGGAGGUGGUGCAGCACGUGCGGGAGUUGAGGAGGCAGGCUGCUGACCUUGCGCGACAGGACGGGGGCUCUUGCUGCGGCGGCACCACUGGAUCGGAGCCCUGGCCGUUUCCGGGCGAGUCGGACGAGGCCACGGUGAGCUACUGCGACGGCGAGGCGAGGCUUCUGAAGGCGACGCUGUGCUGCGAGGAUAGGCCUGGUCUGAACCGGGACUUGAUCCAGGCGAUCCGGUCGGUACGGGCCACGGCGAUCCGGGCCGAGAUGAUGACUGUUGGCGGACGGACCAAGAAUGUGAUUGUGAUGCAAUGGGCCGGCGGUGGCGGGGAGGAGGAGGUUAGGGCUUUGAAGCGGGCUUUGAAGGCUGUGGUGGAGAAUCGGGCCUCGGGUUCUGGGCCGGGUCGGUUGUUUUUGGGGAACAAGCAAGCUCGGGUUUAUGGGUCGAUAUAUGAGGAUGAGAAUGAAUAUUAAGGAAGUAGUGAGGGCAAAAAGGGAAACUCAUAUUUUGGGUUGGUGUACAGAAACCUGGAUCCUAGAUUACAUGGAAUAAAAUCAGUAGGAUUUGUUA